AUGCUCCGCCAGUACGGAGAUCCCCUACGCGAGGAGAAAGCCGUCGCGGCCCUCCAAAGAAUAGAACAAGGCAACCGCUCCACACUGGUGGGGUCGGGAUGGCUAGCCAGGCACCAACCGGACAUCCGCUGGGCUGAGCAAAUCGUGCGGUUCCCGGACUGGCGGUGUGAGCACCACCACUGGAAACCUGAAUGGGGCCCGAAAGCACCCCCCCAGAACGAGAGACUCUGCCUUACACUCGAGGAGAUAGGUUCGAUCCCCAAAGAAUACAGGGACUUGAAAAAGGCAUUUAGUGAGCGGGAAGCGGAUGAGCUCCCCCCGCAUCGCCCUACGGACUGUGCCAUCGAACUAAUCCCAGGGCAGACGCUACCAAAGGCGAAACUGUAUUCCAUGGGGGCAGAGAAAGCGGAGCUGAGAAAAUUCAUUGACAAAAAUUUGAAACGGGGCUUCAUUCGGCCAGCCACGGCCCCCCACGCAGCCCCUGUGCUCUUCCGUAAGAAGAAGGACGGGGGGCUUAGGCUUUGCACAGAUUUUCGCGGGAUAAACGGGAUUUCUAUGUCAAAUGCUUACCCGAUCCCGUUGAUAAGAGACCUUUUGAACACGGUGGCCGAGGGUAAAAUCUUCACUAAACUCGACCUCCGGGACGCGUACUUCCGCGUACGGAUUAAGGAGGGAGACGAGUGGAAGACUGCGUUCAACACCCCUAUGGGACAGUUCGAAUACCUGGUGAUGCCAUUCGGACUCCAGGGCGCGCCGGGGGUUUUUAUGAAUUUUAUAAAUGAAGUGUUAAGAGAGUUUCUGUUUAAGGGGGUGCACGAGAGCCAGCGGGAGGAAGUGAUUGAUUCCCUCAUCCCCCCCUCAGCAGUAGCAGGAGGGGUCACCACCCGUUCAGGGAAAAAGACAGAGACCCCAGGGUUACCACCAAAGGAGCGCUUGGCCUCAGAGGCAGACCUAGAAGGAGAGGAGCGCCCCGAAGGGCUAGAGCAAGGGGAGGGGGGAUUGUGGUUCCAUAAAGGGAAAAUUUAUGUGCCCAAAUCCAUGAGGAAAGAGGUCCUGGAACAAAGCCACUCCAGCCGUCUAGCAGGGCACUUCGGUUGUGAUGAAUGGGUGAAAGCUAGUGAUGUAUCUGCACCGCAAUGA